AUGGUAAGUGAAGUAUAAUAUAGUUACUAGUCACAGUUUGACUCUUUAUGAGUAACGAGGAGGCUAAGUUAAACGAUUGUUUAAAAAAAAGCUAAUCAUAGGUAUUUCAUUUGGAUUUUUUAAGUGUAUCCAAAUAAUUAUUUAUUUUCUAAUCGAUGAAUAAUUUUUAAUCUACUUAUUUUUUUAGUCAUCAAGUAUUGAUUUUAAAUUUUCAGGAAAUACAACCAGAAUUACCAAAAUUAGCUAGAAAAAAACCUAAAGGAUUGUUAAGACAAGAAAAGUUAAAGGAUCUAAAAAAUAAAAAAAAGAUUCAAAAGAGAGAUAGAAAACUUAGAAAAGAAAAUGGAGAGCCAAAACAAAUACCCAGAACAAUUGAAAACACCAGGGAACCAGAUUCAACUGUAUUCCAUUCUGAUGAUGAAGAUUUUGAACAAAAAACAAAGGAUUUAGUUGCUGAAUUUGAACACGAUGAAUUUGCAGAUUAUUAUUCUGAACUUUAUAAACCUAAAGUUAUGAUUACUUACAAGCAAAAACCUCUAAAGAAAGUUAGAGAAUUCGGUAAAAUUCUAACUGAAAUUAUACCCAAUUCUGUUAGACUUUUUCGCCGUGAAGCGUCUGUCAAAGAUACUAUUCAAGCUGCUAUUAACCAUGGAUAUACCGAUUUGAUAGUAAUAAAUGAGGAUCGUAAUGAACCUAAUGGUUUAAUUCUUGUUCAUUUGCCUGAAGGCCCAACAGCAUAUUUUCGUCUAAGUAAUGUUAUAUUUCCAAACAAAAGACAACGCAAAGAGUUUACUAAUCAUAGGCCAGAAGUAAUUACUACAAACUUUACAACAGGAUUAGGUAAAACUAUUGCACGUAUGUUAGGUGCAGUUUUCCAUCAAGAAGCUGAGUUUAAAGGCAGGCAUGUUGUAACAAUGCAUAAUCAAAGAGAUUAUAUAUUCUUUCGACAUCACAGGUACAAGUUUUUAAAAAACAAACCAUCUUUAAGAGAAUUGGGACCUAAAUUUACAUUAAGAUUACAAUAUCUUCAAGAAGGAUUAUAUGAUCCAAAGUGUGGAGAAUACAGGUGGAUAAUGACAGACAAAAGACAUAAAAUUGAAACUAGCCGAAGACGAUUUUUCUUGUAA